AUGGCGGUCUUGGCCCUGUGGUUCCUCGCCUGGUCGUUGCUCUGGCCCUUCAGUCUCCAGGACGAUGGCGCCUUCUCUUUCGUCAAUCCUCCGCCAUCAAACUCUGAUAUCGACAACCCUCAGUAUACCGUAGGUUCUGAUGUCAACAUUGAGUGGGUUGGGCCCAACGACUUUCUGGCCAUCAUGCUCGUACACGUCUUGCCACACAAUCACUCGAGCGAGUAUACCUAUGUGUUCAGUCUGCCAGGAAAUGUCACCAACCUCGGUGGACACUACACGUGGCCCAUGGCGCUGAAUGGGAUGAAUCUUACCAGCUCGAACAUUUUUACCUUCCUCCUGUACAUAGAGGGAGAGGAAUCACCUCGGGCAGUCACUCACAACUUCAAUCUCACUCAGAUCUCAACUACCACGAGCUCUGCAACGUCCGCCUCGACGACAUUAUCGAGUACUUCUGUAGUCAGCACUAUCACCUCAGCUCCGGUCAACAUUCCGACGUCUACUGGCGCAAACAAUGUUCCCCAACCAAGCAAUGGACUGAGCACUGGUGCCAGGGCUGGUAUUGGCCUCGGUGUUACUGUAGGUGGACUUGCUUUUAUCGCUGGCUGUCUGUUUUUCUGGCGGCGACGAGGGGGGCAGGCUGUUGCAGCGGGGGGUCUGGAAACUGAACAGUUGCCGGGUAUAACUUACGAAGCUGUCGACCAGCACAAUUCUGACGGUGCAGCAACGGAGCCGAUUGAAGCACCAGGGGAUUGUGUCGCAUCAGAAUUAUCUGGAUCUGGGCCACCACCACUUGAGAUGGCAGACACUUCCAAAGUGCAGCAUCACUGA